AAAUAACUAUGGCUGAAAAUUUAGAGACCAAUUUUUCUAAUAUAGAUUCGGGUGGAUCAUCAACAUUCCCUGUUCAAUGUUCAGCUCUUCGAAAAAAUGGAUAUGUUGUAAUUAAAGGACGUCCAUGCAAAAUCGUUGACAUGAGCACAUCAAAAACAGGUAAACAUGGCCAUGCAAAAGUUCAUUUAGUAGGAAUCGAUAUUUUUACUGGCAAAAAGUUAGAGGAUCUUUCACCUUCUACGCAUAAUAUGGAUGUUCCUAUUAUUUCUCGUCAAGAAUAUCAACUGAUUAAUGUUGAUGACGGAUAUCUUAAUCUAAUAACCUCAGAUGGAUCUACUAAGGACGAUAUUCGCCUUCCAGAAGGAGAAUUAGGAGAAAAAAUUAUUUCAGAAUUUGAGGAAGGAAAAGAUUUACUCGUUACAGUCGUUUCAGCUAUGGGAGAAGAAGUAGCCUUAGCUGUUAAAGAAGCUCCAAAGUAAAAUC